CUGAAGUUGAUUUGUUCACACCUUCAGAGACAUAGGCCUUCUUUUCAUCCAAACCAUUAGACCUAGCUGUCUGUCUGUCCAGAAUGAGAGCUGUUGUUGUUCUUCUGCUUGUGGCUGUGGCCAGUGCUAAGGUGUUUGACAGAUGUGAGCUGGCCAGAGCGCUGAAGGCAUCCGGGAUGGAUGGCUUCGCCGGAAACAGCCUGCCCAACUGGGUGUGCCUGUCCAAAUGGGAGUCGAGCUACAAUACCCAGGCCACCAACCGCAACACCGACGGCUCCACCGACUACGGCAUCUUCCAGAUCAACAGCCGCUACUGGUGUGACGACGGACGUACCCCGAGGGCUAAGAACGUCUGUGGUAUCCGCUGCAGCCAGCUGCUAACUGAUGACAUCACAGUGGCGAUCCGUUGUGCCAAGCGUGUUGUGCUGGACCCAGACGGAAUCGGGGCAUGGGUGGGUUGGCGUAAUCACUGUCAGUAUCGGGACCUGAGCUCCUACGUGGCUGGCUGUGGGGUCUGA